AAUCAAAAUAUUAAUAUAUAGAGAAAGUGUAUCCAUGAAAAAGAGUGAUAAGAACAUCAGUGGAGGUGACGGGCUGCGACCCAACUCCCAUGCUUCAAAGGUUUUGGCUUCUUCUUCAUCUCCUAUGGCUAAAGUUUGUUGCUCCAUUGAAAUGGAGCCUAGAACCUUAAGAGAAGGCCAGCUUACUCAUGCUAGGGAGGUGGCUGCAGACGUUGUACAAAAGAUGGAGCUCAAGGAAGCAUCCAUUGUGUUCAUUGAGGAAUUGAAAUCUGUUCCCGCAAUGAAAAUGGAAGAAAUGGAGGAAAACGAAAAUAAAGAAAAGCACAAAUUUCUGAAUGUUGAUUGCAAGGAAGACGGUGAAGCACCUAAGAUUGAAAGUCCAUGCCAAUGCUCAGUCACAGAAAUGGAAUAUUCCCCAGAACAAACAAUAAAGGAACCACUUUCAGCCCCAUUUUGAUUUAGCUUUUGUUUAUUAUGCCUAAAUGACUUGGUUAGUUUAUGCAGGAGUUUAAUUGCAAUUUCUUAUAAGGUUUAAUUAGGUUGUCCUAUGUUUCUUCAAAAAAAAUCAAUAUGAAUUAAUUUCAUCAGUUCUGGAAUUUCCAAUUUUAA